CUUUCUUUUGAUAUCUGUCUGUGUGCGUCGUUGUUAUAGUAGUCUCUCUCUCUCUCAUAGACAACAGAACAAACACCUUUUGUCCAUGGCGACUGCGAUCUCAAGAAACGCAAGCCUUCGCUGCUUUUAUCGCUCUCUCACUUCCUACACACUUCCGAGAUCACCCAAGCCUUGUCUCCGUCUCUUUCAUGGACCUCUCGAGACUCCACUCCACCGACCUCCUCCUCCUCCUCCUCCUCUUCCUCUUCCUCUCCCCCAAUCGGAAUUUCGGCUGAGUCUUGGAUUGCAAUCUUUGGCGAUUUAUCAUCGUAGAUGUCUGUGUACUGCUACUACGAUUGUCAAUCAGGCGAAUUCACCGACAAAAGGAUCUCCAGAAGGUGCCUCUGGAAAUGGCGACGAGUCCGAUCAAUCUCAACACACUGCCGACCAAGGAAAAUCUGUUCGCGGAGGGCCUGUUUCAUGGUUGAGCUUUCUUUUGCUGGUUGCCACUGGAGCAGGACUAAUCUUCUACUACGACAGGGAGAAGAAACGGCAUAUUGAAGAAAUAAAUACUUCUUCAAAUGCAGUAAAACAGGGACCAUCUGCGGGGAAAGCAGCCAUUGGUGGUUCAUUCAAUCUUAUCAACCAUAAUGGGAAUGCAGUGACUGAUAGAGAUUUUUUGGGAAACUGGACGGUGGUAUAUUUUGGCUUCACGCACUGUCCUGAUAUAUGCCCAGAUGAGCUACAAAAGCUUGCUGAUGCAGUUGAUAAAAUAAAGGAAAAAGCAGGGAUUGAAAUUGUACCAGUAUUCAUCUCAGUUGAUCCUGAAAGAGACACUGUUGAGCAAGUUCGCGAAUAUGUUAAAGAAUUUCACCCAAAUUUGGUUGGACUAACUGGUAACCCGGAUGAGAUAAAGAAAGCUGCUCGUGCUUUUCGAGUCUACUAUAUGAAGACAGAAGAGGAAGGCUCGGACUACCUCGUUGAUCACUCAAUAAUCAUGUACUUGAUGGAUCCUAACAUGGAUUUCCUGAAGUUUUUCGGGAAGAACUAUGAUGUUGAUGCACUUACUGAUGGUAUAAUUCAAGAAAUAAAGCAGUAUAAGAAAAUAAAAGCAUGAUUUUGAAAUAUCCAUUGUACCUUGAAUUCUGGAGGCCUUUUGGCGGAGUAGUUCUAUUCCCUGUGCCACUUUUCUAUGAUUAUUUUUUGAACUUGCAGCUUAUUCAGUUUUGAAUGGGUGACUGGCUUAGAUAUGGGGAAAAAAACUUGUCAUGAGGAUGUACUUUUUGUAGGUUAUUGACACUUGAUCUGCAUCUUUUUGCCUUUGUUUCAAAGUUUGUUAUUGCUUGGGAUGACAAAGGAUAUCAGAUACAUUGUGAAGCUAUGAAUGGUUACUGUUUAUGAAUAGCUACAAAGUGAUGAUCUUUGCUGUAUAAA